AAAGAUGAAGCUUCAGAAUCUUAGCAAAAUAAUCAGUUUGGUUUUAAUAUUCGUAAGUCUUUUAUAUCAUGGAUUAUGUACACACUCACUUUUACCCCAAAACAGUAGCACCUUUUUGUUUGACAAAGUUAUAAUACGAGUUGGAAUCAUUCUUGACAUGGAGGCAUGGACUGGGAAGUCAAUUCACAGUUUCAUAAACUUUGCAAUCUCUGAUUUUUAUACACGUAAUAGUAAUUACAGAACAAGGAUCGUUCUCCACAUAAGGGACUCCAAAGGUGACCCUUUACAAGCAUUGUCAGCUGUGCAUGAUCUACUGAAUAACAUCAAGGUGCAAGCAAUCAUAGGCCCAGAAACAUAUCUUGAAGCAAAGUUAUUGGCCCCCAUUGCGGAUAAAGCUAAAGUCCCUAUAUUUUCCUUUGCUGGUUCCCCUUCCAUACAAUAUCCAUUCUUGUAUCAAAUUAAGGAAGAUGAGUCAGUUAUGUCAAAAAGCAUUACUGCCCUGGUUGAUUCUUUUGGUUGGAGGGAAGUUGUAUAUUUAUAUGAUGACAUUGAACGUGGUCGGGAAAUCUUAUCAUAUUUUCUUGAAUCCUUUCAAGACAAAAGCAUCCGUGUCAGUCAAGGAAAUGAAGUUCCAGAUUUGUCCGCUGAUGAUCAAAUUACUAAAGAGUUGCAAAAGAUCAGGAUUAGUCACACAAGGGUAAUUGUUCUACAUAUGUCAUCUUUAUUAGCAUAUAGAGUUAUCUUAAUUGCAAAAGGGUUGGGAAUGGUGAAUGAAAAUUAUGCUUGGAUUGUGGCUUACAAAACCAUUGAUAUCCUGCAACCAGUCGAAAAUGAAGUUAUUGAGUCAUAUCAAGGAGUGAUAGGUUUAAGGUCUUAUAUUCCAGCAUCAGGCAAGCUGCUUAACUUAACUACCAGAUGGUACAAUGAAUGCUAUAAAAAGUCACCAAGUUUAGGAUCAAGAGAGGUAAGCGUGCUUGCAGUAUGGGCAUACGACACAAUUUGGGCACUAGCGGAGUCAGUUCAAAGGCUUGGGCUUCAGUUUUCAUUAGUUGUCACUCAAAUAGAUUUGAUGCUUCCAUUUGAGCUUUCAAAAACAAGAUUUAAGGGUGUAAGUGGUGACUUUCAACUUAAUGAUGGAAAGCUAGUGUCCAAUGGAUUCAAGGUUGUAAAUGUGAUAGGAAAUGGAGAGAGAGGAGGGUCUACAACAACUCAAACACGUCGGAUGUUGCAAACUACUGGUGGUAAAAAGCUCAAAGUUGGUGUCCUAACACGAAGAAAGUUCACGUAUUUCAUAGAUGCAUUUUAUGACAUUCAGAAAAAUGUAACAACUGCCACUGGUUUCUCUGUGGAUGCGUUUGAUGCUUGCAUUAGUGCAUUACAAUACGAAUAUGAGUUAAUUCCAUUUGCCAAUGGAACUUAUGACGAUCUUAUAAAGAAGGUUUAUGUUCAAGAGAUUGAUGCUAUCUUGGGUGAUUCAACGAUUCUUGCCAACAGAUCUCAGUUUGUUGACUUUACAGCGACAUACACUGACAUGGGCAUAGGAACGCUGGCAAAAAUCAAGCAUAAUGACAUGUGGAUCUUCUUGAAGCCACUCGAUAUGGAUCUAUGGCUGAUCACUAUUGCUUUUGCUAUCUUCACUGGCUUCGUUGUUUGGGCAAUCGAGUCCAUGGAUCAAAAGUCCCAAAAAUCGCCUUCCCAGCAAAUUGGACCAACCUUUUGGUUCAUCCUAAUGACACUAUUUUUUGCUCAAAGGGAGAAGCUAGCAACUAAUCUGGCAAAAUUUGUGGUGUUUGUUUGGUUACUUUUCGUACUUAUUCUGAUCGCGAGUUACACUGCAAUACUGACUUCACUAGUAACAGUUGAACAGUUUGAGUUAGCUUCAAAGGGCGGAACUCUGGGGUUUCAUGGUGGUUCUUUUGUGGCAGGAAGGACCGUUAGCAACUUGCAGUUUGGGGAUUAUAGACAUAGACCAUACUAUUCAUAUGAUGAUUAUGUGAAUGCGCUAUCAAAAGAUGGAAAGCAUAACGGUGCUGAUGCUAUCAUUGAUGAAAUCCCCUACAUAAAGAUGUUUCUUGGCAUGCACUCCAGUGAUUAUGCAAUGAUUUCAUCUGAACCAACUACUUCUGGUUUUGGCUUUGUAAGUACCCUUUAGUUUUCCCUUUUGGAUAAGUUGAGCAAAUGUACCGAACAAACAACAAAAUUGUUCACUUAGAAUAAGAGCAUCAA